CAAAGCAAAGUUCAAUAGUUCAAAUAUGGCGAGCGAAGGAGUUGUUCAUCUCUUGUCGAGUAAAAUAUUAUUUCUUGUAAUUUUCUGUAGAAAUUUAAGUUUGAUAUAUGGGAUUGAGCUUGCAAGUUCCAACGGCUACGUGAGGCGUGAGCAUUCGCUCACGAAACCAUUUCAAGGUAAAAUUUUGCCAUAUUGAAAGUAUGUGAUGACUAGCCCGGAUUCAUAAAAUAAAUAGAAAGUUGCAUCACUGACUCGUAUUUUGGUUAGUGUCGUCAUUGUCGUGUUAGCCAAAUUGUAAAAUGAAAAACAUGUAUUGAAAGUCUAACGAUCGUGGAACUAUUAAUAAUUACUAUAAAAUACUAGCAUGAGCAAUAUACAAUAUAUUAAUACCAUCACACAGUAUUUUAAUACACUAUUUUUAGAUUUUGUACCACUGUCUUAAAUCCUAAAAACCAACCCUAAACCUAACACAAAAACUAAGAAUAUAAACAAUGUAAACAAAUUAAAUCCUAACACAAGGCGUAAAAAAAAAUACCUGUGGUUCCCGGUAGGUCGGAAAUAAUAUUUUUAAAAAUAUUUCUUUCAAUAAUUAGUGUGACAACAGACGCCAUUUUGGCAGUAGCCCGCAACCACCCGGAGAAAAUAAGGUCGCACGGUCAAUCGUGUCGAAAAAAUAAUAGGGCCGGCAGAAAAAAAUAGGGUCAGUCGGGAACCGGACCCACAGGUAUUUUUUUUUAUGCCCAACCAAGAUUUGAACCCAGAGAAAGCAAGAUUCAAACCCAGAACCUCAACCACUUGACUACCGAAGAUUAGCUUGGAAUGCAAUGGCAUUUAUGCUGUUUUAAUUUAACCUGUUUAAUUAGAGAGGGAGGAAAGUGACCGUGUAAGACAAAUAGUGCCAGUGAUUACAUCUACCAGGCUAGUGACGGACCUGUAUCCACAAAAUCUGUGUUUCAAGCGUGGGCGGAAGCAGGAAAGGUAGCAAGGGCAUGCAGAUGGUGAGCGCACAUGCUGGGAGCGCUGCAUCUUUCCUGCCUCCGCCCAUGCUUGAAACAGAGUAUUCUGCCUGUGCUUUAAUUAAACAGAUUGUCACAGAGACAACUGGGGAUGAGUCAGCUCUUGUAUGCCUAUGCUGGAUAAGCACUCUAUUAUUUUACAAGUAUAUGAUAAUUCUUCAAUAUUUAUUCAACAUAUCUGAUCAUUUCAUUUAGCUGGUAGCAUGGGUCUACAAUUUUGGGAUUUUGGCGGAAGUACAAUGAUAACCAAUAACUACAUUAGACUGACAGAAGAUCAUCAAAGCCAGAAAGGCUUCCUUUGGAAUGCUUUAGUGAGUGAAAUUUGGUACCACCAUGUCCCAUUGUGGUUCUUUUUUGAAAAUACAGUGGAACCCCACCUUACAGCCACCCUGUUAAUACAGCCACCUCUUUAUUAUGGCCACUUACUCUUGUCCCUGAAAAAUGCCAAGACAAUAUAUUCUCUCAUAAUCCAUUAAUAUAGCCACCCUGUUAAUAAAGCCAAAUUUUUUAGCCCAUCCUAGUUGGCCGUAUUAAUGGGGUUCCACUCUAUUAUAAUUUUGCAUUAGGGAUAUAUGGUAAUUAAUUAUAGUAGAACUAAAAAAAUUUGCCCUAACAUUUCAGCCAGUAGCAUCUCGUGAUUGGGAAAUUCAUCUACAUUUUUCCAUUCACGGUUCUGGAGAUACACUAUUUGGCGAUGGAUUUGCUUUAUUUUAUGCUAGAGAUAAAAUGGAGAUGGGUAAAUAUAGUUACACAAUUCAUCAUAUUUUCUUUAUUUAUUUUUAUUAAAAUAUAUUACUGCAGUUAUUAACAUACAAGUGUUCUUAUGCAGGUCCAGUAUUUGGUAGCAGAGAUUUCUUCUCCGGUUUGGGCAUCUUCUUUGAUACAUACAGCAAUCAAAAUGGUGAACAUGCAGUAAGUUUUAAUGGCCUGUUCAUGAUCUUUCUUAUGUAGUUUCAAUACACGCAGUAAUAUGUCAUGUGUUUUUGUCUUUUAGCAUGACCACCCGUAUGUUUCAGCAAUGAUAAGCAAUGGGACUGUCAACUAUGAUCAUGAUCGCGAUGGCACUCAUUCUCAAAUUGAAGGAUGCUCGGUUCGUAAUUUAUGUGUCAUUAGUUCUUUGUGAACCUUUAUGUCAUCAUAGGGGCUGGCUUGCACAUCCUGUUACAAAUAUUCAGCGGCAGUUACACUACAACGAGGGCUAACACGUAUAACUAAUAAGUGACAUAUUUUAGCGACUGAAAUGUUGUCGGCAAAUGCGAUACUACACCCCCCUCCCUUCUUUAGCUUCUUCGCUACAGUCCUGGACUCAACAAAGUUGUUUCAACAACUUGUUAUCGUGCUUCACAAACCCCAUUAAACUCUCUCAAUAUACUAGUAACUUGAAAGCUACAUAAUUAUAUUGAUGUCAGGACACCGACCCGCCCAUUUCUUCUUACAACCAAACUAUGUUCUUCAAACCACGAUCACAAGGUCCGCAACUGUAUAUUUCCAUAUGAUGACUGAACAGAUUAUUCAAAGUAAAAUGAAUUUGCUAAUUUUUCCAGGCAUCAAUGCGAAAUGUUGACGGGGAUACAUACGCUCUUAUUCAAUACUUGGGAAGCAAAGAAACGUUAACCGUGAUGACAGAUAUUGAUAACGAUGGUGAUUGGAAACUUUGCUUUGAAGUAUCUGGUGUUCGCCUUCCAACUAAUUAUUAUAUUGGACUUAGCGCCGCUACUGGAGAUCUGGCAGGUUGGUUUGUCAUGCGGUUAUCCUAGGCUAUAGACGGGUUUCAGGGCCUGUUCAAAUGAACCCGGUUUGCAGGGAAGCUCACCUCAAUGGAAUGAAUGAUUUCUGAUUAUCUAUUUCAUAAUUUUUCAGACCAUCACGAUAUAAUUGGAUUAAAAUUCUACGAGUUAGAAGUUGAAAAGGAUGAACAGACAGUGCAAAGUGCAGGAAAUACAGACGAUAUCGUCCCAUUUGCAUCAAAUGCCGAAGCUCAUAGAGGUUGGUAACAUCCACUACAUGCUGUAGUCGAGACUCAAUUCUUAAAGGGAUUGGUCUUUUCCUUGAGCCUCGGCCUUCGCCAACAAUUCUCGCAAAAAUUCUCUGACCAACCUAGGCUACGUCCACACUAUACGAUAGCUUUCCGUAGCGGCGGGAAAAAGCACCUGUACAACUUUCAGAAGCUGAACGAAACAACAUCUCUCCGUUGCAAUAAUUCCUCGGAAAAUAGCGUUCCUAAAAGGUACGGAUGAGUGUUUUUUCACGACGCUAUACGGAAAGUUAGCCCGGUACACAGUGUCAACGUAGCUUUAUAGAAUCCCCACCUCAACCACCAGCUCAGCCCUUGGGUCUCGACGUGGUUGUUUGCCCAAAACACUACAGUAUAGCGAGGGACUUUGGGAGGAUUUUUACGCGAAAUGUUCGCCAUUUUGCCAAUAAAGAGAAUGCCUUUUUUUCAGAGCAUGCUGAUGACCCAACGACGGGAAGCUUCUCGCCGAAAGUUACGAAAGUUUUCACUUGGCUGUUUUGGAUUCUUGUUAUUGCUGUAAUUCUCUGUAUAGUCGGAGUUGUUGUUUAUAAGAAACAGCAAGAAGCUGCUCGCAAACGAUUCUUCUAAAUAUCGCCGAAGCUGUGAGGACAUAUGCUAAAUGCCAUGCAGACCGCGUUGAGAAUGAUUACUACUACACUACACAAUGCUAUAAUACUUGCUUACUAGAUGUACACUAAAAAUGCAAGCUGUAAAUGAACAGUAUUUUAAUUCGCUCCUUUUUAUGUACGUAUUGCAUGAUAUUUUUGUAAGAAACUAUAAGCUUCUCUUGAGACUAUCAGUUGAUUUACUACAUAGUAGUAUACAUUUACUAUUUAUUAUGGUAGUAAAUGGUGUUCAAGGUGUUUUGCAAAAUGUGAAGCACUUAACUGUGGUCACUAAACUUGCUUUGACUGUCUUGAGUUGUUCAAAGUGCAGUGACAUAUCUGUAUGAAAUUUUUGCAUGUAUUUUGGUAGUAAUAAUAAGAAAUAAUAAAAAUUAUUCCUAACACAUCCAUUAUUAAUAAUCCCAUGCAAAUACUAUAGUAUAUACAUAGAUCAGGAAUCCCGCAAAUUGGGGGAUUUAGCGCACCAUCACGCGAGAUUUUACCAUUCCACGCGAGAUUUUCCAUUUAACAAAUUAGCCUUUCUCACGCGAGCCAAUACCCGCCAUUUUGGAGUACUGUCUUCCCCCCAUCAAAGAAUCUAGACAGUCUAAGCGACUUUUCAAAGUUGUAACUGUAAAUUACCAUCAUAUACACAACUAUAUUGACAAAAAGUCGCAUUUCGCGGUGCGUACACUCAGAUGUGUUAGAGGCAGUACAUCAAAAAUGGCGGAUAAUUGCACAUUUCACAUGCUUACCAAAAAUCUCGCGUGGAUCAUGCAUUCACGCGCGGGAUGGUAAGGUAAAAUCACAUGAUUUGUGUCGCAAUUCUUGAUCCACGCGUGCCUGUUCUUUUCAAGUGUGCUACAAAAUUUUGAACUUAAAAGUUCAAAAUUUUGUAGCACACGUGCAGUUCUAUAAUAUCUGGGACCGGUUAUUGAAAGCUGAAUUAGCGCUAACCCUGGGUUAAAAUUUAACCUGCCGUUUUAGUUUAUGUAUUUCUGUACGUCUGUUUAUUUCAAAAAUUCAGAAAACUUCUACUGAUUACAACCGCCCCCCGAAGAUAAACGCAUUGUAUACGUGUUUUUUCUACUAACUAGUAUAUAUGUUCAAUCCUUUCUAAAAAUAAAUCCAUAUAACUACAUUUCAUACACAUUAACAUAAAUACAAUAGCAUCAAUGCAAAUAAAAAUUCACUCAAUUUUUGGCCAGUUUCGUUCCAAAGUGUCUGCCAAUGUAAAUUCUAAUGUUUCCAUUCUAAUGUUUUCAUCAAGGGAGAUCUAAAAUGACAACGUAUCCCCUUUGAGAUGCAGAGGCAAAUGACGUCAUCCCUCGCGUAUAUAAGGAGCCAAGUUGCGAUCUUAGAUCGUCCCUGAAGGCAUAGAUGAUAGAUUAUACCAGAUGCCUCACCCAGCCAAAAUUGUGUCCGCGAUUUUUUAUGAGCACGCGUUGGCCGCCAUUUUGGCAGUAAGUGUAAUCCACGCCAUGAAACGUGAGCAAUCACGCAUUUUGGCAGUAAGCGCCAUUUUGGCAGUAAGUAUCGCACGCGUCAUCUGGCGUGAUAGCCUCGCGAAAAUUGCGGACACGAAAAUCAUAAGGAUAGAUACACAGUGAGACAUCUGGUACAAUCUAUCAUCUGUGCUGAAGGAAUGGAGUGUCGAAGGUUCGGUCGUAAAGGCAUUUUGCUCGGUUAUUGUAUUUAAUUACUUGAGCCUACACCUUGCCAAAAAAUAUAAGCUUGGCAGCGUAUCUAAAAUUGAGGCAGACGUUUUGUGGACACGCGUGACUACAAUAAUUACGUAUAAAUACCUAUCGAUUCUAAACAUAUCUAGAAGUCGGUUCUUUUCCUUGGGGCCUGUGUGUCGAAUUCGCUGAGGGCCUGGAGCGGAGUCUGCUCACGAUGACGUGUGGAUUUCGCAGGAACACGCGAGUAUGAGUCCUCGCUCGGUUGCGAGCUGAUCAGCGGUUUCUUACCAGGUGCUCUCAUUUUCCAGUUUAUCUGAUGAUGAAAAUUUAAGAUUUGAAAUCAUGAUUUCCUCAUUA